AUGAGUCCCACCACGCUCGGUGGGCUUGAUGCGUCGUCUCUAUCCUAUGUGCUCCUGCGGUCCCUUCGGCGCUGGCAGUUUCCUCAGCUACCCCUCGGGAUGAACGACAGCUAUGAAGAUGUGAUACGCGAGACUUACUCCAUCAUGCAGGUCGAGAAUUAUUGCAUCAUGGCGUCGACAGCCCUCUUGUGGCUGGACUGGGCGCUCAUGUUCACCGUCGAGGUGCCAAGGAUAUGGAGACGGAAGUUCACGGGGGCGACGGUGGUAUACCUUCUCAAUCGGUACACUGCCCUCUUCGAGAGGGUCAUGUUUAUCCUAGAAGCGCUGUCAUGGGACAUGAGCGAUCACGGCUGCGGUGGAUUGACCCAUAUAGACGAUGCGCUCCUUGCGCUCAACUAUCUCGCAUUCGCUGUCGAGACCAUAUCAACCGUGACUACGGUGAUGUCGGAAGGUAUCUUCCUGGCGCUCACUUGGAUCCGAACGUAUGGAAUCAAGAGAGAUUGCUCCCGCUUGGGUGUGCACGCACCACUCACGACGCUUCUACUACGAGACGGCACAGCCUACUUUGUUACCCUAUUUCCGAGCAAGGCCGUGUCUAUUGUCUCCAGUCUGACCGACUCGCCAUCCACGUUCCUCCGUGUCUGGCCAUACUUCGACGAAGUCCUCACUGUCUGCUUCCUAUGCCGUUUCUUACUCGAUCUUCGUGGCAUCUACUUCUCCGACGGGGUGGAAAAUGAGCUUGAGGGGAGCAUGCACCUGUCCAACGUCAAUUUUAGCACGGCAAAUGUUAUCGGCAACCUCGGCGCCACCUCGAUGACACCCUUCCACUGUAGUGGUUUCCAGGAUGAUAGCGACGGCGACGGCGUCUACGAUGUGGACAGCCCCGAUUACGAAGAUGGGGAGGAUGACGAGGAACAGCCGCAGUUCAGAAGCGAUCCCUUCAAAGACGGUAUUGAGGUCCCGUCAAAUAUGCGCCAUCGUCUAUCGUACUGA